CUGUUUGGGUAAGUAAAGCCCAAUAGAUGGGAAACCCUAGAGAAUUGAUAUAUAUAUAACAUACGAACUCUUUCUGUUACUAGUUUUGGAUAAGAAGGACUUGUCCUCCGCCACAAACAACAACAGAAAAGAGAAGUAGAAAAUGGUGUCUCUGAAGAUCCAGAAGCGGCUCGCCGCGUCGGUGAUGAAGUGCGGGAAGGGCAAAGUAUGGCUCGAUCCUAACGAAUCCUCCGACAUCUCCAUGGCUAACUCCCGCCAGAACAUCAGGAAGCUGGUGAAGGAUGGUUUCAUCAUCAGGAAGCCAACGAAGAUCCACUCUCGUUCCAGGGCUCGCCGUAUGAAGAUCGCCAAAAUGAAGGGGCGUCACUCUGGAUAUGGUAAGAGGAAGGGUACCCGUGAAGCUAGGUUGCCGACUAAGGUGCUUUGGAUGCGUAGGAUGCGUGUUCUCAGGCGUCUUUUGAAGAAGUACAGAGAGUCGAAGAAGAUUGACAAGCACAUGUACCAUGACAUGUACAUGCGUGUUAAGGGUAACGUCUUCAAGAACAAGCGUGUCUUGAUGGAGAGCAUCCACAAGUCCAAGGCCGAGAAGGCCAGAGAGAAGACUUUGUCUGAUCAGUUUGAGGCUAAGAGGGCUAAGAACAAGGCUAGCCGUGAAAGGAAACACGCUAGGAGAGAAGAGCGUCUUGCUAAGGGUCCUGGAGGAGAUGUUGCCCCUGCAACUGCACCACCAGCUGCUGCUGCUACUACCACUACUACUGCUCAAACUGCAGAGGUACCGAAGAAGAAGUCUAAGAAGUGAAGGGGAUAAAGUGAUCAAGCUAUAUAGAUCAUCUCGCUUACUUGACUUGAAGAAAACUUUUGAAUGUUCUAUGACGUUGGGUUUGUUGAAUUACUUUGUUUGCGCAAUAAACAUAAAUUGUGUCAGUUAAUCGUUUAUGCUUUCAGAUCUUUUAGAUUAUCAGUGUUUCAUGAAACUUACUCUUCAAAAUGUUGUGCCUUUAGCUCU